CAUUGACAUUGUGACUGCUUAAAUGUCGUGAAUUAUGACAGAAGGUGACCAGAAAAGCACCAUAAAAUAUUUGCGUUUCGUCUUAGAUAACUGUAACGAAAAUAAUGUGUACCUAGUUUUCGAUCAGGUACAUAAUUCACUCCGGUCCUUAUUGCUUAGGAAAAAGAAAUUAAAAAAUGAUGAAGUCGAGUCCAUAUAUAGAACAUAUAGUCAUCUGUUCGAAAUUUCCGCUAACGUUGAUAGAUCUAAAGCCUGUGUUGAAUUCCUGGACGACAUGAGUACUGUUUUGUACCUGAUCACAACUGAAAAUCCUGACUGUAAAUUAUGGUCAUUGUUGUCUGAAGAAUGUUGUCUGGCUUUUACUUCAGCACUAAAAACCUUGUUUUCGUCUAUAAGAUACAAGCAAGUUUCUAACUUCCUUAAUUAUGUAGUGAAGUAAUGUCAGUUACUGCACCAGAAUGUCUGCCGAUCAUCAGUCACAUCUGCUCCUUCUUAUUAGAUUUGAGCGAAUAUUCCAAGAAUCGCAAUGUAUGCUGCAAUUCACUUAGUACUUUGUCGCUUAUCGCCCUCCCUGUAAAUGCUUUUCAUGCGGUGAAUGAUGACGCUGAUGAUAUACUCAAAGGUCAUCUCGCCAAUUCGUUAAAGAGCUUCUUACCAGGAUUUUCCCAAUCAUUCUACAGAAUUAUAACCGCCAAUCAUAAGGUGUGGUCAAGUAUCAGGGUGGCUGCAUUCAAUGCUUGGUCUUCCAUACUAAUUUCUGUUUUUCAAAACGAACCUGGUUCUAAUAACGUGCAAAAGACAAAGUCUACAAAAGAGUGCGAGCAUUUUACUUCCGAGUGGUUCAAAACAACUCAAUCUCACAUAACGUCUUUGGUCUCAAAAACUAUUGAUAGUGUAAUUCACACUCAGCUGGAGCUAGAUGUAGAGAGAAAUGUACGACUAUCUGCUGCGUUUACACACUGGCUGGGUGUAUUACUACUAAAAUGUCAUUCACUGAUCAAUAUUAGAGAAAGUCAGCACCUUAGAUACACUGUAGUUUCUGGUCUGCUGAUGUUAGCUUCACAGUCAUCUUUAAGAAAUCCGAUAUCAAACCAAAGUUCUCUCAAAGAAAGUAGUCUUCUGGCCCAAAAGUUAUUGAGUGAUUUCACCACAAUUCAUGAAGGGGAUGUGAACUCUCUUGUAGUUCCUAAAUCACUUACCAAUCUUUUCGGUCAUGAAUUAAUAAGAAAGGCUGCUUUUGAUUCUUUAACAGAACAAGUAAACUUUCUUUUGAGUCAACUACUCAGUCUCCUAGAUGAAUCACAACUACAGAAGCGUUUAAGAACAAUCCUUGGCCACCUAAAUGUUCUGGAUCCUGUGGAUAUUUGUACUUUUGUUCAUUCAUCUGAAACUUUUCAUCGCUUUUGUUCUGCUUUGGCCAAAUUUUUGAACUUCAAUUUUAGUUCUGUUGAGUUGCAAGAAUUAAUCUAUUUGUUGCCACUCAAUUACGAUCAUAAUUCUGUUCAUUGUAUUCUCGCAAACUCUAUACUACCGUGUAAUUUAUUCCGGAAGUCAUUUCAGUAUUUUCGUGAUCAUUCAACGUUGAUGCUAAUUCAGGGUAUUGCUGGAAAAAUAGCAUCUCAAAGAGAAACAAUUGACUUAUUUUUGGAUACAUGUCGAGAUAUUAUGGUUGAAAGUGAUAAUUAUCUACGUAAUUCAUGUCUUCUACUUAUCAUAGGCGCGAUUGCUGGUUAUAUCUCUCGCGAUAAAAUACCAUGGAGUGAACGUGAAAACCUUUGUUUAAGCCUUAUGAGUUUAUACUUUGAUCGAGACAUAUUAACAUUACCUACGCGUCAAUCUAAGUGUGUGAACACCACUAGUGACAUUAUUAUCACCAACGGUAAUAAUGAUAUGGAUUAUUCGACAUCGCUAGUUCAUUUAUCAAAUGAUAGAAUACCUACCAAUCAUCUGUCUAAUGUAAGCACAUAUAAAUCAUGGCCACCUGUAAAUUCUAAUCAGAAUCCUGCAAAAUCUGAAAUAAAUCAACUUGGAGAUGUGAAAAUGAAUUCAAUUACAAUCUGUUUAUUACUAGAAAUGUUUUGUACUGUUUCACAGUUGAAUACAUUAACAGUUAAUAAUGACGUUGAAAAAGUUCAUACUGAUCAACAUUUCACUGAAUGCUUACGUAUUGGUUUACUUCCAACUAUAUCAUUUGCUUCACGUUCUGAUUUAAUCGGUCAAACUGCACGAGUUUGUUUAGAUCAAGUAGCUAAGAAUUGUAAAUAUUCAAGCGUAAGCGAACUGAUUACAAUUAAUGCUGACUACUUAGUUUCCAGUAUAACUCUAGAUUUACAUCGCGUUAACUUAUUGACUAUGACAAAUUCAUCAAAUGGUAACAAUGCAAUUUCUCUGUCGAGUGAAGUUGAACAAAGCUUGUUAUCAGCUUGUAAUGCUACAAACACUUUGUUUGAAUACUGCACAAUCAAUGUACUGCCAGUUUUAAAACCGAUGGUUACAAAAAUGCUUUCAUCAUUAGAUGUUACAUAUGAAUAUACAACGGAACUUUUCCUUACACCAUUUUAUCAAUUAAUGCAAACAUGUCGUAAAUGGAAUGAAUUAUUGACGAGAAAUAACAAGUGUUCAGACCGAGCAACUGACUCAUCUCCAGUGGUUGAAUCAAUAACUAAUCAACAGAAAAUGACGAAUUAUUCAAAAUUCAGCAAAUCACAUCUUACUGAUUUAUAUCAAAAAACAAUCAGUCUUGUAUCUGAGACACGUUCACUUCAUCACAUUGAACCGAUUAAUCAAACUAAUGGAGCCAAUUAUACUGAUACCUUAAAUCAACCAGAGAAAAUUAAGAUGGAUCCUGUGAAUGAUGAUAUGGAUAACGAUGAAAAUCAUACGUAUCCUGAUCAUUUACAAAUAGUUGAAGAAGUCAUGUUACGAUGUAUACAUUUAAUGGCUGAUGGAAAUCCUAAACUACGUAUACUUUCUAUGAAUGUUUUAAAAGAAGGUUGUUUGACGUUAGAAAAUGAAACCAAUUUAUUAUUACCGAUCGUUCACAAAAUAUGGACGUCUUUAAUGAAACGAUUUCAUGAUAAUCAUGCUAUAGUUGUUGAAAAAGCAUUCGACCUCUUGACUGUAUUGUCUAAAGUUGCUGGAAACUUUAUUCGACAACGUGCAUCGUCAGAGAUAAUUCCUCCUUUGGUGUUAUUUUUAACACGUGGUGCCACUGUAAGUGCGUCGGCAUCAAAGUCAUACAAAUACCUUACAUCUUAUCGUGUACAAAAACGAUUACUUAAAGAGAUCGGACCGCUUUGUAUACAAAUGGGAUUAUUAUCACAAUCACUAAGACCUGUGAUCAAUGUACUUGUCAUGUAUUUAGAUAAUUCACAACCGGAAGGACUACAACAGGUAUGAUGUCUUUAUUAUUUUAGUGUUGUCUUAUCAAUUUUUCAUUCCAUCUCUUAGUUAAUAUGCUUCUACUUUUAUCGACAGACCGCUGUACAAGUCAACUGUGCUUUUAUUUUUAUUUAUUGAGCUUAAAAAAAUAGUUGACACAAUCAUUCUAAGCGACACAUCGUUCAUCAUUAAUUUAGAAGAAAAAUAUUGAAAUAAUAACCAAGUAGAUUUAUAAAAUUUAUAAUCCAAGCGAAUGAUUCUUAUGAUACGUCCUCUCAACAGAGUAGUUCAAUCCUUCCGGUUUCAUUGGUGUGCUGAAUAUCACCAUGAGUAUCUACUUUACACAAGUCACAAAUAAUCAUUCUAUUUGUCAAUUUAUUUGCUUAGUUUGUAGAAAAUGUGACUAGAUUUCUAUUGAACUGUCAUACCUUCGUCACUUUCUACGACGAUAUCAGUCCGUAGUGGAUCAACUGUACUGGAAAACACAUCGAUUUUUCAGGUCAAAUGAAAUAUAUAUCAAUCUUAAGAAUUAUUCAACUGUUAUUAACAAUCAUUGACAAAAUUUUACCGAAUAUCAUCAUCAUAAUCAUCCAUAGUCAUUCUCCAUUCCAUAUUAAAAAAAGUAAUUCCUAGAGCACUCUAAGCUUCCUUUCUGUAACUUCAUAACUACACUAGAAUUUUAUAAAUAAGUUAUUCAUGUAUAACCAGUGAAAGUAAAAUAUAAUUGGGCGAUAAGCGAAAAAAACAACAGAUGUUCAGCUAUGUGAAAUGUAUAAGCCAGUAUGUCUUAUUGUAAACUCCCUCUACUACUGAUUUCAUCGUGCUGUACACUGAAUCCCAGUGUUAAUGAACAGUUUUCUGUCUCUAUGAUCUAGCUCUCAGUUGUCAGUCGGAUGUUGUGUGUGUGCGUACUAUGGGGUUAUCUAGUGUCUUAAUCUGGUGUAUCCGGUUAUAGUAUUCAGUUGAAUGUCAUCAUAUUUCAUAACAGAGGUUAUAUCUGUUAGUAUUUUCCUCAUUACAACAUUACUUUUGGUCAUUCUUUUGAAGAAAUGAAAAAAGGGUUACAUGUUUUCAGGCGAUAUCACUCAUAUUUCUCAGUUAUUUACUAUUGUGUUUCUCGUGAGAUUUAGGAUAUACCUAAAUAUGUGAAUAACUAGUAAUUCUCUCUUUCUCAAUUGAUAAAUUAUCCAGUCUACAACCAAUCCAAUCCACAGUCAAGUAAAGUUUUCCACCAGAAUACUGGUUAUGCGUUUUGAAUGAUUAUGUGUUUUGAAUAUAGACUUUGCCUUGAAUUAACAUCAGUUGAAAAACUAGGGAAUAUUAGACAACGGUUUUCGAAAGUCUCAAAGCAAUAUCCACCCACAAACCUAUAUAGUAUUAUGUUAAGAACCUUCAAAUUUUGUGGUGAUCAUUAUGCUUCAUUGAUCACUGAGUUAAAAUCUAGCGAUCCACAUUUUCAAUUCACAAUAUGUUGUAAAGUUCAUUAGAACAACGCACUCAUUUUCGAGUCGUUAGAUGACGAUCUUGACUUCUCGGAAUAUUUACGUACGAGUACUUAGAAAUAAAUGGAUUUUUCUACCAUAAAUGGUAAUUCGGUUAAGUUAAAGUUUACAUUCAAGAUGAUAAAAUUAGUCAUAACAGUUAACUGUUAGUACUGACGAAUACGAAAAAUGACCCAUUCAGUAUGUUCUGAUAAGUAAAAUAUGCAUUAACCGAUAAAACAGCAGCUAGUUCACAUAUUAAUCGAAGAGUCAAACGGUAAAAUCUUGGUUAUUGAUAAGUAAUAUAGUUACCAUACAUAAACCCCACAUAUAGUGCAACAAUUAUCCCAUGUCAUCGCUGGUUAUUAUAAGGAUCCAUCUUGAUAUUAGUCGCUAGUCAGUACUUCGUUGUAAAAUUGGAUGUAUUUUUUUUACUGUAGCCUUAUAUUUUCAGCUGUAGUUACGUGUUUUGCACGUUUUAACUGCGUUACUUAGGUAUCUUGACAACUUUUUAAAAAGAGAAAAAGGACUACUUAUAAUAUGUAGUCUACUAUUAUUUAUUAUCAUGGUUUAAUUCGAAGCAUUGUUUACAGGUAGUGGGAUCACCAGCUGAGUAAUGCUCACUUUAGACGUAGAGUACUAGGUAGUAACACAAAGUGAACUGGUAAAACUAUGGACCGUCACUGAUUUGAAAUCAAGGAUUAAUUACAUUACAUGAACUCACUUGCCUUUUUUUAUCUGACCCACUUUAGAAGUUACAAACUUUCCUGCUGUAAGUCUAUACAACAGAUUUUUACUAAAAUGUGAUGAAAUUCUUUGCAAUUGCACCUAUUUUCCACCGUCUUAAUUUUCAGUUAAGUAUUAUUUCCUACUUUCCUUUUUUAAAGUCUAAUUUGUUUAUUUCAACUUUGUCUUAGAUUUCUAUCUUCAUCUUCAUUUGCUUGUUAUCUUUUUAAAUUUAAAAAAUCCGUCAUGAAGCUUAUCUAAACAUUUUAAGUAGAAUCGUUGAGGAAUGUCUACUACUAUUACUACAGAAGGUCACUCGAGAUCCAAAUCGUUCAAAGGUAGCAUCUUGGAGUUAAAAUCUGACUGACUCGGGUUUGAAUCUCACAGGGGACAUUAGUUCCCUUAAGAUUAUAAGUGUCUGGCUGACGAGUGUCAAGUAGGAUGCGACCGAGGUUCAGGAUUUCAUGUUGACUAUAUCCGAUCACCAAGUAUCUUAACACAGUGCACUCAGUGUUGAGUCGCUUUUAUUAGUGAUCGCAUUACAACUUGGUUGAUAGAAUUCAAUCAGCAUUUAAAGAAUUAGACAAACACGAUAUCGGUCAUUUCUUAACGAUCAUUUAAUUGUCUAUCACUUUAAUUUAAGUCAGAUAUUAGAAUUCUGUGUGACUAAAACCAUUAGUGUUUAUUUUAUAGUAGAGUUGUAAUUCCGUAAAGUAAGUGAGCAUCCAAGUUGUCAAGGGCAUACUUAAGUGAUGUCUCAUCAUUAGUGCAACUAUCUCUUAGCAAAUAACCUCGGACCCUCGAAAGAUUCUGUGAUAGUAAUUUGUGCAAGUAAUAAUUUAUUGUUGUAUAUGUUGACAUCGGUUAAAGGAAAUUUAAUCAUCUUACUGCUGAGAAUGAUUGAUUUGUUAUGGAGGAGUUGCGUUUUGGAAUCACUGAUAGGUUGAACGUUGAAGCUUUUAUUGUCCUUCUAGACAAUAUAAGCGCAAACUCCAGAUAGAAUAACUCAAAUAGCUCACUUCUAUCUGUUUAUGUUAAUGAUAUUGUUUUUAAGUUUAAAAAAGAAUCUAAUUUUACUAUUUUCAAAGUUAAUUUUUUUACCCACUCAUUUUUAAAUAGGCUUCUAUGUCGAGUAUAGAAAUUAUAUGGACUCUUGACCCUGGAAGUACAUGGGCUCUUCUUAUUAAUCAUCUUUCUGAUUCAGAUAUACAAUGCAUAUAUUCUCAGAGAUUAAUUAAACCAUUUGAGAUUAUACAUGUUUAUCAUCAUCCAAUUGAUAGACACAAAGAUUUAAAUUUGAAACUUCAGAAUAUAUCUAUUCUUUUAAACAAACUUCAUGAAAUCUCUGGUGAAAUUACUAAAUGAGCCAAGUUUUUUUCCUUUUAUGUAUAUCCCAUUAUUUUUUUACUACAAAAGAAAACCUGUAUCUUCCCUAAAGUUUAUAUCGAAUGUAUAACUGUUGAAUACUUCUUCAAACUUCUCUUUUUGUGCAAAUACAUUUUGUAGAAUUUUUAAAAAAAAAUAAAGAUAAUUGUUCUUGUGUCCAUAAUAA